UAGUAACUCUUAACUUGUUAGUACCAUCGAUGCUCUCUCAUUUUUCUCAUUCUUCAUUCUUACUUACUACUACAAUCUUGUUCAUCAUGAUGAGAUUCAACUUCCUCUAUGCACUAUUUUCACUCUUUCUCAUCAAAAUCAACGCUUCUAUUCAUCACUACAACAACCAACCUUUCACUCACCGUUCCAACGCCUUCUUCUUCCACGCCGGCACCGAAGCUCUCUUCUCCUCUUCUUCAUCUUUCAUCAGGUUUGAAACGGUGUCGUUCACCAGACCCAAUGAAUCUGCCAUCACCUAUGGCCAAAUGCAAACUCACACUGGUCUUGUUGAAGCUAUUAUUCUUGAAGUUAAAGACAGAAACAGAAUUGGUGGAUUCUAUUUUAAUCCCAAAUCUGAUUUGAUUUGUUGUACUCCUGAUCUUGCUAAACUGCAUAACUGUAAUGUUGGUGAAGUUAUUGUUCAGAAUAAUCCUGAUAACCCCGACUUCCCCAAACGGAUUAAGACGUUCUUCCGAGGGAUCGAUCAAGUUGCUAAGAUGGAUCCUCAAACUGUUGAAAUUAAUGCUACUGGGAUGUAUUAUCUAUACUUCAUGUUUUGUGAUCCUAACCUGAAGGGGACUACUGUUACUGGAAAAACUGUGUGGAGAAACCCUACUGGUUAUCUUCCUGGUAAAAUGGCACCUCUUAUGACGCUUUACGGUUUCAUGUCUUUGGCUUAUCUGUUACUUGGUCUUCUAUGGUUUUUGAGGUUUCUUCAGUUUUGGAAAGAGAAGGAUGUUGUGCAUGUUCACCUUCACUACCAUAUAACAGCUGUUAUUGCUCUUGGAAUGUGUGAGAUGGCUUUGUGGUAUUUUGAGUAUGCCAAUUUCAAUGUUACUGGUAGUAGGCCUAUGGGAAUUACGAUAUGGGCUGUUACUUUUACCUCUGUUAAGAAGACGCUUUCGAGGUUGCUUCUGCUUGUUGUUUCUAUGGGAUACGGUGUUGUUCGUCCUACCCUUGGCGGGCAGGGGGUUGCGAAUAGAGUUGUGCUUCUUGGGUUGAUGUACUUUGUUGCAUGUGAAGCGUUUGAGCUUGUUGAGCAUUUGGGGAACAUCAAUGACUUCUCUGGGAAAUCUAAGUUGCUGUUGGUACUACCUGUUGUUUGCCUUGACUCAUGCUUCAUUCUCUGGAUCUUCUCUUCCUUGUCUAAAACCUUGGAGAAACUGCAGACAAGGAGAAACUUGGCUAAGAUGGAGAUCUACCGAAAAUUUACGAAUACCCUUGCAGUGUCUGUGCUAUUGUCCAUUGCAUGGAUUGGCUUUGAGCUGUACUUCAAUGCAACCGAUCCUUUAAGUGAGCUGUGGCAAAUUGCUUGGAUUAUUCCUGCUUUCUGGUCCCUGCUUUCAUAUACUCUCUUGCUGGUGAUAUGUGUCCUUUGGGCUCCUUCUCGUAACCCUACCAGAUAUGCAUACUUAGAAGGAACAGAUGACAUUGAUGAGGAAGGUAUCUCUCUGACAAGCAGCAUUGCAAAGAUGAGUGGGGAUGUGACAACCAAUCUUGAGCGGAAAGAAAGGAAAGGUUCCAGUGCCACAAAUCUUACGAUUGCAGAAGAUAUUGAGGAAGAUAAACGGGAAUAAUGUCGCCCAUAUUUGUAUAGUAGUGUUUCAUAUGUCGUCAUAUGUAAAUGUUCAUAUAUACAAAUAGUUUGUUGUGCGGAAGGUUUCAGUUAGUAAUGGAGAAACAGAGUCGCGGUGCCAUUUGAUCAUAAUCAUAACUGCAAAUGAUACGUGUAUCACGUAGGAGCAAAAAUCUCGAUACUCUCCAUAACAUUUGAACAUAUGUUAUGAUCAAAUCAUUCACCAGCUUAGUUUUACUUGACUAUCAUCCUUAGUUAUAUGCCUUCUAAUUUUAAUCCCCUUUUGUUUGGGGCUUCUCAUAGCAUAUUUUCUGGAAUCCUUAUCUUCAAUGAGUUUUAAAAUUACAGGUUUGAGUGAAUUAUCACUCUUCAGGUGGUGGAGACAGUCCAUAUGAUAAUCCCUUCCUGAGUUCAUGUUGUUACUGCUUCACUCUCUUUCAUUAUAUUAACAUGCUGAAUUUACCAAAUAA